CGCGCCUUGAGUGACCCCCCGGGUCAACCUCGUGUGCUGACACAGUCUCACAGACAGUGAUAAAAGGCGCAGAAAUCGGCCGAGCCUCAGUUUCAAAACAUGUUCCUUCAGGGCCGGUUGCUGCUGGUGGCGCUCUUGGGGGCGCCGCUGUUCACGGCGGCGUGUGACGAGUUCGAGUGCAGGAACGGCGCCUGCGUCGGCUUCCGCGACAUCUGCGAUGGCAUGGACGACUGCGGCGACGGCACGGACGAGCUGGCCGCCAAGUGUGGAGCCAACGCCGUGCCGCUGGCCGUGAACCAGAACGUGACAGUGCGGGUACAGUACAAAGCCCCCCACCGCGCCAUCGCCUUCCGCUUGUGCGACGCCGCGUCCUGCAGCAGCCUCACGGUGGACAGCUUCCAGCCGGGCGGGGGGAUGUCUUACGCCGCCGGCACCGCCUGCAACGCGCGCGCGCGCGGCUGUGACAUGGACUUUACACACAUUGACUCUUCGCCGAGCUUCGUGUCCGGCGAGUACGAGUUCGUGGUGGGCCGGCUGCCCGGCAAGCUCGCCGUGUGGCAGAAGGGGCACCGAAGGACAGCGGCCACAGUGGCCGCCGCCCCCGGCAUGAACCGACUGCGCGUCGAACCUCUUCGGUGGUUUGCCGACCUGGAGGUGCAGUUCUCCGAGGGCGAGGCUCGCGAGAUGUCGCAGGACACGCAGGCUAGAAACGUGACGGGCCCCGAGGCCAAGCCCCUGCUGCGGGUCGGCGCCACGGUGUUCCGCGGCCAGGACUGGAAGUGGGGCUCGCAGGACGGCAGCCCCCCCGGGCCGGGCGAGGUGGUGGCCUACGGCACCCUGAUGCGAGCCACCGGCAUCGUCGGCGUGCGCUGGCAGGCCGGCGAGUCCAACAUCUACCGCAUGGGCGCCGAGGGCAAGUACGACCUGGCCGUGCUCGACGACGGCCAGGCCGAGGACGACGCCGACGUGACGUGCCCCGAGUUCCAGUGUAAGAGUGGCGGCUGCGCGAGGUUCCUGGACAGGUGUGACGGCUUCGCCGACUGCGCCGACAAGUCCGACGAGGACGCGGCGACGUGCAGAGCGAACACUGUCAGCCUCCCCCAAGGCCGCAACACGACGGCCCGCGUGCAGUACAAAAGCCCGCAGAAGUACAUCGAGUUCCACGCGUGCGGCAAGCACUCCUGCAGCCACGUGGACGUCCACGGCCUGACCCCGGCCGGGAAGCUGUCCUACGUGCUGGCCAGCGACUGCAACAAGAACAGCCGCCUGUGCGCGCUCAACUUCACCCGCCUCUCCGAGGGCGACCGGUUCAGCUCUGGUGAGCUGGAGUUCGUGGUCGCGAGGCGUCCGGGGUGGAUGUCCAUCUGGCGCCGCAGCCACCCCGAGGACGUGGCCACCGUCAAGGUGAGCGACGACGCAGACACCCUGCAGAUCCAGCCGGGGGUGUGGGUGUCCGACAUCAAGGUCCAGUACACACCCGUGGAGCCCUCCGAACGCAGUGCCGCCCCUCCUGGCUCCAGGGUGGUGACCGGCCCCGGCGCGCUGCCCCUGCUCAAGGUCGGCGCCAGGGUGAUGCGCGGACGCGACUGGGACUGGGGCAACCAGGACGGGUCGGGCCUGGGCCGCGUCACCUCGAAGGGGCUGCUCAUGAGGCUGGCCGGUGUGGUGGGGGUGCGUUGGGACAACGGCCACGAGAACGUAUACCGCAUGGACGCCGGCGACGACAAGUUCGACCUGGCCGUGGUGGUCGACGCGAGCGAGUUCCCCGGUACCGCGGACACCGCGGACGAGGACACCUCCACGAUCGUGGAGGUCGCGGACACCGCGGACUCGGAGUCGGACGAGGACGCCGAAGCCUUGGCCGCGACGGGGGUCGCCGUCGGCUCGCGCGUGGUGCGGGGGAAGGACUGGAGGUGGGACGACCAGGACGGCAAUCCCCCAGGCGAGGGCGUGGUGGUGGCCGUCAACAGCCCCGUCAGCGGAUGGGUCAGCGUGCGCUGGCCGAGCGGCAAGCAGUACAACUACCGCAUGGGCGAGAAGCGCGACCUGGCCGUGCUCGGCACCGCAGGCACCGCCACCCCCACGCAGGAGCCUGCCACCACCACAGAGACGGAUUCGUCGGUGGUCGAGACACGCACUCCGACGACCUCAGCCAACACGAGCACAACCACCGUUUCGCCCUCGCCUUCGACCUCCACGUCGGCGCCCACCACCGAGUGGGAGUGGCUCCGGCCCGACAGCCCUGCCGACAACUCGCAGUCAGAGGAUGACUCGGACGACGAGGCCGUCACCGAGAGCGCGACGACGACGAUGAGUUCCGCCGCAGUCGAGAAAGUCGAGGAAGUCGAGGAAGUCGAGGCCGGCCGCGUGGCGGGCGCCGAGGCGGCCGCGCGCCUCAAGCCGUGCUCCAGGGUGGUCCGCGGCAAGGACUGGCAGUGGGGCGCGCAGGACGGCACUCCGGCCGGCGAGGGCCGCGUCCUCGGCAGGGUCUCCAACACCGGCUGGGUGUCGGUGCGCUGGCCCAGCGGCGACGACAACCUGUACCGCAUGGGCGCCGACGGCAAGUACGACCUCGACCUCCUCGAGACGGACGAGGCCCCCUCCGCCGAGGCCGACCCGCAUUGCGCCCUCGACAAGACCGACGUGGGCGACAAGAGCAUCCAGAGCCAGCCCGAGGUCAUCGGCACCUAUUCUUUCUAAAAGGACAAUACGGAACGGAUUGCAUUUUUGCACCGAUUUCUUUCGACCUCAUCGAUACCCCAAUUCAAUCCUCUCGCUCAGAUCGAUCACACAUGAUUUUAAGAAUAACUGUGCGACCAAGUGUAUUGAAUCCGAAUCUAAACUCUAAUGUUCUUCUCAACAAUAAAUGUCUGUCACAACAAUGGCACCUGGAGCCGCUGUUAAAAUGCAACGAAAAUCAAAAAUAAAAGAAUAAUGGCUCCUUUUCGA